AUGUCUCUCUGUCUGGCUCCUUCGUCAGCAUUUCUUCUGCCUCGAUUGAUCGACGACGUCUUCUCCGAGUUCGAUGGUAUCGACCGAGCACUUCGUGCUCACACCAGAAGUGAUGGAGCACAAAUGGGCCAGCUGGAUAAGGUUGUGGAUGAUGACACGAAAUUGGCCAUUUCGCUAGACGUCAAUAGAUUCAAACCGGAAGAUCUCAAUGUAAACCUCGAAGGUCGAGUUCUCACAGUUGAGGGUAAGCAGGAGGUAAACGAAGAGCACGGCUACUCUUUGAGAUCAUUCGUGCGCCAGUGGACGCUCCCUAAAGAUGUCGAUGUGGAAAAACUUCAAUCCAGCAUUACCGAAGAUGGGAAGUUGUCGAUCGAAGCUCCAAAGUUAGCUCCACAACCUGCCAUCGGCCGUGGCAAGAGCAUUCCAAUUCAGAAGGCACCCAGUAAAGAAAAGUAA